AUGCUUAAUACUUCAAUUAAUUUUUUUGAAGAGAAUGACAUAAUCAAAUUGAGGAAAUAUGUAUGGAAAUGUCAUUUAUGAAGCUUAUUGCAAAGGAGAAUGAAUGGAAGAAAGACAAAGCAGUUAUGGAAUAAAAAAUAUAAUUACUUGAACUUUAAUUAGAUGACUAUAAAUCAAGAGAGUCCAAUUAUAAAAAAUUGAAUGAGACUAUAUCAUAAGCUAUAAAUGAUACUUCUACAAUGCAAAAAGUAUUUAUUUCUUAAUAAUUGUUAUAGAGAUCCAUGUCAGAAAUAUAAAAAAAUGUCGAUAUUUAACAGAAAGAUCAUAAUAAAGCAAUUUACAAAGAGUAGAUUAAGUCUUUAGAACUUUAAGUAAUUGAUUGAUAAAAAUAGAAUAGGUUAGGUCAUUAACAGAGUAAUUGUAAGAAAAAGAUUCUUAAGGAAAAGAGAUGGAAUUGUAAUUCUAGAAGCAAUAUUAUCAAUAUGAUCAUAGAAUUGUUUCAUUGGAAUAAGAGAAACUCUAAAGUAAUCAAGAAAAUGCAAAGUUGAAGGAUUAGAUACUUAAACUUGAGGAAAGCUUCAAAUAAAAAGAGCAAUAAUUGAAAAAUCAAUUCGAAUAAGAAUUAUAAAGAAUCAAAGAUCUAAAUAUGUAGGAUAAUGAUGUAAAAUAAUCAGAUUAUGAAUCAAAAUAUUCUUAACUGUCUUUGUUAUAUGAGAAAGAAAAAGAACAACUUCAACUAAGAAUUAGCAAAUGUUAAAACACAAUCAAAAGAUAUUAAUAGCAUAUAGAAUAAAAUGUAGAUAUAGUUAAUAUCAAAUAAUAAUAUGAAGAUUAAAUUUAAUAGCUUAAAGAUUAGAAUUCUUUAUUAUAAUCUUAAUUUCAAUAUGAAAGAUAAAUCUUAUUGUAAUAAAUUGAUGAAUUAAAAAAACAAUAAAGAGAUCAUAUUAUGAAAGAAAGCAUAAAUUAUCAUGAAUCAACUUCUAAAAAGAGAAGUGUAGAUGCAGUCAAAAUUAAAAGUUCUUUGUAAUCUUAUGACAGUCCAGUUUAAUGUAAGAGUUUUCAUAUAGCCAGUUAAGAUUCAAAGGGAAUAAGUUAUAAUUAAUAUCUUAAAAAUUCAUCAAAUUAAUCACUUAAUUUUACUUAGAAGUAACUUUAAUAAUAAUAAUAAUAAUAAUAAUAAUAAUAAUAAUAAUAAUAAUAAUAAUAAUAAUAAUAAUAAUAAAAUAAUUAAUCAUUUGAAAAAUCAUGUAAAUUUAAUGAUGGAAUACCUAUGUCUAUGGAUUAAUUUAAUUUAAUGAAAAAUAAAAAAUAAAAAUCAUAAUCAACUUUAUCUAUUCCAACUAGUAAUAAUUAUAAUUUGAAUUCAUUAUUAUAAGAAGCUAGUUUAUUUUAAUAAAAUUAAGAGUCUUUUCAAUUAGAUUCCAAUAAUAAUCCAAAAGAGGAUCCCUCUAAAUUAAGAAUAUUGAAAUAAUUGAAUCCUAAUAUUGCUAAUAGAUAAUUAGAUUAUAAUCGAUCAGUAAAACAUGAUUAAUGCAGAUAACCAGAAUAAUCAUAUUAAAGAUCAGUAUCACAGGAAGGUUUAAAAAGUUCAGUUUCAAAUCUUAGUAAAAUGUUAGGAUAAACAGAAAUUAGCUACUAAUAAUCAAAUUCAACAUAAUAAUAAACAAAUAAUACUUCAUUAAAUUGUUUAAAAGUACCUGUGUUUACUUAAAAUUAAUUAAAUAGUUUAAAGAAUAGUACUUUAUAUGUUUAUCCUUGUGCAACUUUAAGGAUGAAUGAGAAUCAUGUUCAAAAGGCAAGAUAUAACAAUAACCAUAGUACUCAUGAAGAAAUAAAAUAAAAUAAAGAAAAUUAAUUGCCAUCCAAAAAGUAAUCUAGAAGCGAUAUUAAGAUGAUUAUUGGAAAGUUAUUAUAAACAAAAGGAAAACAAAAUGAUGAUAUGGACAAAACUUCCUAAUUUUCCAAAUUUAAUCGAAUUUGA